CGCUGGGGCUGGAGGGGCUGGAGCAUCAGCGCGAGUAGCUCGGAGCAGCCGCGGCAGCGGCGGCGCGUCGUUGCAGUUGCGCCAUCUGUCAGGAGCGGAGCCGGCGGGGAGGGGGCUGCCGCGGGAGAGGAGGAGGGGUCGCCGCGAGCCGAAGGCCGCCGAGACCCGCCCGCCCACCGGCCGCGGGAGCAGAGGAGAGGCUGCCCUCGGAGCCGCGCGUCCAUCACCGCCCCGGCGCGCGGCGCUUCACCCCGCGCACCGAGGGCUCCCCAGGCGCACACAAAGCCGCCGCCCGCGCCUGGGAGGGAUCCGGUCGCCGGGCCGGGGACACCCGGCGCCGCCCCCUGGGCACUCUCAGAAGGCCCACCGGCUCCCGGGCCCGCCGAGCAACCACCGGAGCCGCUUCGGCCGCGCCGGAGGAGGCGGGGAGUGGACCAUGUGAAUGGGCUCCGGAGCCUGAGCGCAGCGCAGUUUUUUGAAGAAGCAGGAUGCUGAUCUAGACGUGGAAAAAGACCAGUCCAGCAGCUGUAUUAGAAGACAUGUGGUAUAUAUAAAGUUUGUGAUCGUUGGGGGAAAUUUUGGAAUUUAGAUAAUGGGCUGUGUGCAAUGUAAGGACAAAGAAGCAACAAAACUGACGGAGGAGAGGGAUGGCAGUCUGAACCAGAGCUCCGGGUACCGCUAUGGUACAGACCCCACUCCUCAGCACUACCCCAGCUUCGGCGUGACCUCCAUCCCGAACUACAACAACUUCCACGGGGCCGGGGGCCAAGGACUCACCGUCUUUGGGGGUGUGAACUCUUCGUCUCAUACUGGGACCUUGCGAACAAGAGGAGGAACAGGAGUGACCCUGUUUGUGGCCCUUUAUGACUAUGAAGCACGGACAGAAGAUGACCUGAGUUUUCACAAAGGAGAAAAAUUUCAAAUAUUGAACAGCUCGGAAGGAGAUUGGUGGGAAGCACGCUCCUUGACAACUGGAGAAACGGGUUACAUUCCCAGCAAUUAUGUGGCUCCAGUUGACUCCAUCCAGGCAGAAGAGUGGUACUUUGGAAAACUCGGCCGGAAAGAUGCUGAGCGACAGCUUUUGUCCUUUGGAAACCCACGGGGUACCUUUCUUAUCCGUGAGAGUGAAACCACCAAAGGUGCCUAUUCACUUUCUAUCCGAGACUGGGAUGAUAUGAAAGGAGACCAUGUCAAACAUUAUAAAAUUCGCAAACUUGACAACGGUGGAUACUAUAUUACCACCCGGGCCCAAUUUGAAACCCUUCAGCAGCUUGUACAACAUUACUCAGAGAGAGCCGCAGGUCUCUGCUGUCGCCUAGUAGUCCCCUGUCACAAAGGGAUGCCACGGCUUACCGAUCUGUCUGUCAAAACCAAAGAUGUCUGGGAAAUCCCUCGAGAAUCCCUGCAGUUGAUCAAGAGACUGGGAAAUGGGCAGUUUGGGGAAGUAUGGAUGGGUACCUGGAAUGGAAACACAAAAGUAGCCAUAAAGACUCUUAAACCAGGCACAAUGUCCCCUGAAUCAUUCCUUGAGGAGGCGCAGAUCAUGAAGAAGUUGAAGCACGACAAACUGGUCCAGCUAUACGCCGUGGUGUCCGAGGAGCCCAUCUACAUCGUCACCGAGUAUAUGAAUAAAGGAAGUUUACUCGAUUUCUUGAAAGAUGGGGAAGGAAGGGCUCUGAAAUUACCAAACCUCGUGGACAUGGCAGCACAGGUUGCCGCGGGAAUGGCGUACAUCGAGCGCAUGAAUUACAUCCACAGAGACCUGCGGUCAGCAAACAUCCUCGUGGGGAAUGGACUAAUUUGCAAGAUCGCCGACUUCGGAUUGGCCAGGUUGAUCGAGGACAAUGAGUACACGGCAAGACAAGGCGCCAAGUUCCCCAUUAAGUGGACGGCCCCUGAAGCAGCCCUGUACGGGAGGUUCACAAUCAAGUCUGAUGUGUGGUCUUUUGGAAUCUUACUCACAGAGCUGGUCACCAAAGGAAGAGUUCCGUACCCAGGCAUGAACAACCGGGAGGUGCUGGAGCAGGUGGAGCGCGGCUACAGGAUGCCCUGUCCACAGGACUGCCCCAUCUCCCUCCACGAGCUCAUGAUACACUGCUGGAAAAAGGACCCCGAAGAGCGGCCCACUUUCGAGUACCUGCAGGGCUUCCUGGAAGACUACUUCACCGCAACAGAGCCUCAGUAUCAACCCGGGGAAAACCUGUAAGACCUGGGUCUGCAGAGAGAGGCCUGGUCCCAGAGGCUUCCCCGCCCCCUCCCCAUUAGCUUUCAAUUCCAUAGCCAGCUGCUCCGAGCAGAGCAGCCAGAACCGUCCAGGAUCAGAUUGCAUGUGACUCUGAAGCUGACGAACUUCCAUGGCCCUCAUUCAUGACACUUGUCCCCAACUCCGAACCUCCUCUGUGAAGCAUUCGAGACAGAACCUUGUUAUUUCUCAGACUUUGGAAAUGCAUUGUAUCGAUGUUAUGUAAAAGGCCAAACCUCUGUUCAGUGUAAAUAGUUACUCCAGUGCCAACGAUCCUAGUGCUUUCCUUUUUUUAAAAUGCAAAUCCUAUGUGAUUUUAACUCUGUCUUCACCUGAUUCAACUAAAAAAAAAAAGUAUUAUUUUCCAAAAGUGGCCUCUUUGUCUAAAACAAUAAAAUUUUUUUUCAUGUUUUAACAAAAACCAA